UAUUUUAAUUUUAGCAGAUGCGAAACCUGAAACUAUUUCCGACUUGGAGAGGGUUGGUAGAAUGUGGUCUUUUCUAUCAGUCAUGACAAUCGCUGAGGAUGAUAAUGAUAGCACUUCUACUUACUUUAAAGUGAAGGCUUCAAAAAGCAUCCAGCAGUUUGAAAGGGAGAAAUCACUGUUUGUGAUUUUCUUGGCAAAUAUUACUACUAACAGAAGAAUAUGGAAAUCCUUGAACAUGUCCCGAAAUUUGAAGAUUAUCAAAAAAGUUUUACGCGGGAAUUCCGUGUCGGAGGAAAGUUGCCAAGUCUGUUCUGAACUGAAUGGAGGGAUCUUAUAUGAGAAAUUUGGUAGUGGCUUAUCAUCGACAUUGAAUGAUUCGCAAUUGAAUGCAGUUCUUGCCUGUCUUGAUGGAGUGCGUUGUGAUCACAAGUCCUCUGUGCAACUUAUAUGGGGUCCCCCUGGAACAGGGAAAACUAAAGCUGUUAGUAUGCUUCUCUUUACUCUGUUGAAAACAAAAUGCAGAACCCUUACUUGUGCCCCGACGAAUGUUGCAAUUACAGAAGUUGCUUCUCGUGUUCUGAAGCUGCUGAAAGAAUCGAUUAAAACUGAUGACUAUGGAAGUGAGACUCUGAUGCUUCCUCUUGGAGAUAUUCUCUUGUUUGGGAGUAAGGAGAGACUCAAAGUUGGUCAAGAAAUAGAAGAAAUAUAUUUGGAUUAUCGCGUUAAAAAGCUUUCAGAGUGUUUUGGUACGCUGACUGGCUGGAGGCAUUGCUUCUCAUCCAUGAUGGAUUUACUUGAAGAUUGUGUUUCUCAGUAUCACAUUUUCUUGGAGAAUAAAUUGGUAAAGAAGAGAGAAAGUACUGACAAAAAUGAAGUCAAAGAGAAUUACAGGAAUAUGGAAAUGGAAGGUGACAAUGAGGAGUUUAAAUCAUUUCUUGAAUUUGUGAGAGAUAGAUUUAAACAUACUGCUACUCCUCUUAGGAAUUGUAUAUUUAUCUUCUGCACUCACAUACCAAAACGUUUCAUUUUGGAAAGUAAUUUUCAAAAUAUGAUAGAUCUUAUCAGUUUACUUGAUUCUUUCGAAACUUUGUUGUUUCAAAAAAAUGUAGUUUCUGACGAGCUGCAAGAGCUCUUUUCACAUUCAGUAGCUGAAGAGUUUUUUUCAUCACCUGGGCAUAGAAAUUACUUGUUGCAGAAAAGGAGAGCUUCUGUAAUAUUUUGCACUGCUUCUAGUUCAUUUAAGCUGCAUUCAGUGGCCAUGGAACCACUGAACGUUCUGGUCAUUGAUGAAGCGGCACAACUAAAAGAAAGUGAGUCGACAAUACCCCUGCAACUGUUGGGCUUAAAUCAUACUAUUCUCAUUGGGGAUGAGUGCCAAUUGCCAGCAAUGGUUAAAAGCAAGGUUACUGACGAAGCUUCCUUCGGGAGAAGCUUAUUUGAGAGGCUGAGCUCAUUGGGUCGCUCUAAACACCUGCUCAAUACACAGUAUCGGAUGCACCCCUCAAUUAGCUGCUUCCCAAAUUCUUAUUUUUAUAACAACCGGAUUUGGGAUUCUCCUAAUGUUAAAAGAAGAAUCAACAAAAAUGUCUUUUUGCCAAGAUCUCCAAUAUUCCGUCCAUAUUCUUUCAUCAAUAUUCUUGAAGGGAGAGAAGAGUCCAUUGGCCGUAGCUGGAGAAAUAUGGUUGAGGUAGCUGUUGUGAUGAAAAUAUUGCAGAACCUGUACAAAGAUUGGAAUGACUCAAAACAGAAGCUGAGCAUUGGCAUAGUCUCACCUUACAGUGCUCAAGUACAAGCAAUUGAAAAAAAACUUGGAGGCAAGUAUGAUGACUCUGAUGACUUUACUGUAAAAGUGAAGUCGAUUGAUGGGUUUCAAGGUGGUGAGGAGGACAUUAUUAUAAUUUCCACUGUGAGAAGCAACGAAAGGGGAUCCAUUGGAUUCUUGUCCAAGCCACAGAGAAUCAAUGUUGCACUUACAAGGGCCAGGCACUGUUUAUGGAUUUUAGGGAAUGAAAGGACCUUAACUCAUGGUGAAUCUGUUUGGAAAAUCUUAAUCAAUGAUGCUAAGGACCGCUGUUGUUUCUUUAAUGCUGUUGAAGAUAAGGAUUUGGCCAAAGCUAUAUUAGAGCCCAAAAAAGAGCUUAAUGAAUUGAAUGAAUUGCUGAAUGCUGACAGUGUACUUUUCAACAAUCAAAAGUGGAAGCAGAACAGGAGUACUAAAGGCAAGGCAACGGAGGCAGGUUCAGAAGAGAAAUUGGAUAAGGACAGUAAGGAGGCAUUGCAAGUUCAUCUAGCCUCUGGUUCCCAGUGGCCAGAAAAUUCUCAGAAGAUUGAAAACAAGGGGAAGGGAAAGAAAAAGCCUAAGAGAAAGAACAAGCGAAAUGAAUUCUGGCGACAGAAAGAUGCAGAUGAUGAAAAGAGCAUUUUGUUGAAUGCCCCAGCAGUUGAGCAGAAUAGGAGUACUAAAGGCAAGGCAACAGAGGCGGGUUCAGAAGAGAAAUUGGAUAAGGACAGGAAGGAGGCAUUGCAAGUUCAUCUAGCCACUGGUUCCCAGUGGCCAGAAAAUUCUGAGAAGAUUGAAAACAAGGGGAAAGGAAUGAAAAAGCCUAAGAGAAAGAACAAGCGAAAUGAAUUCUGGCAACAGAAAGAUGCAGAUGAUGAAAAGAGCAUUUUGUUGAAUGCCCCAGCAAUUGAGCAGAAUAGGAGUACUAAAGGCAAGGCAACAGAGGCGGGAUCAGAAGAUAAAUUGGAUAAGGACAGUAAGGAGGCAUUGCAAGUUCAUCUAGCCUCUGGUUCCCAGUGGCCAGAAAAUUCUCAGAAGAUUGAAAACAAGGGGAAGGGAAAGAAAAAGCCUAAGAGAAAGAACAAGCGAAAUGAAUUCUGGCAACAGAAAGAUGCAGAUGAUGAAAAGAGCAUUUUGUUGAAUGCCCCAGCAGUUGAGCAGAAUAGGAGUACUAAAGGCAAGGCAACAAAGGCGGGAUCAGAAGAGAAAUUGGAUAAGGACAGUAAGGAGGCAUUGCAAGUUCAUCUAGCCUCUGGUUCCCAGCGGCCAGAAAAUUCUGAGAAGAUUGAAAACAAGGGGAAGGGAAAGAAAAGGCCUAAGAGAAAGAACAAGCGAAAUGCCGCUCUCGCAUUAGAUCCUAAAGCCUUGUCUACAACAAACGUGAAAUUGCUGGCUAAGAUAGCGCUAAACUUGGCUGUAUCUAAUUCCACAAGCAGCCUAAAAUACAUUGAUGCAAUGGCGAAGAAGGAAAAAUCUUCACCGAGACUGAAAUCGGCACACGAGUUCUGCAUUUCACAGUAUCAGUACACCGUGAAUUCAUUCAAAAGUGCUUUGAGCGACUUGGAUGUAGAUCCUAUGACUGCAAAUUAUGAUGCAAAAGUUGCUUCUGAUGGUGCAUCUUACUGUGCAGACAAAAUGAAAUCUGAGGGAUUUCAAUCUAAAGACGGUUACCAAUAAGAUGCGCUGAAUUAAUUGGUAUAAAUAAUAUUCUAUGGCAUGGUUACAUUACAUACGGGAAAGUUUUCUUCUUUUUUUGGGAAUAAUUACUGAUGUUAUCUAUUUGAAUCAAAUGAUUUAAUUUUAUUAAU